CCGCUCGGCAGUAUUGGUAUGCCUCGCUGAAUAUGCGCUAAGUGGCAUACAUCCCUUCUGCAACAGUGUCCCUCUGCGCAAUUCUAGCCGUCCGAACCGGACUGCCAACUCGCCUGCCAUGAGCAACCAGGAUUACGAAUGAAGGCACGCAAUCAUCUUGCUCUUGAGCGUUUCCUCCGUUGCUACAUAGGCCACGUGCGUAUCGCAGAUACCGUCCGACUAUCGCAAGCAGACAUGGCGCAAGUACUGCAAAAUCUACAUAACGAAUCUGGCACGGAGUACAAUCCGGGCCAGAUUAUCAUAUUGUUCGACAACCGCCACUUCAAGACCGCGGACAGUAAACUGUCCACUUUCCAAACGUAUUACUUGGACGGCUUAUGUAGACUUGGCUGGGCGACUUACUGGGAAAAGCCAGACUUAGAGCCCAGGAAGCUCCGGCUCAUAUGGUACACGCACGCGGGCAGAGAGGGUCAUCGCGACUUCCCACUUGCCCGCUACAUGGCAGUGAAGGACAUGUUCGACUCGCUCUCCGAACAAGGCUUCCGACCCAUGGUGCUAGGAUGGUCAGGCGAGAAUCCUUACCCCAUGAUCGGUGGCACUGAACCAGCACCCGAACCUGAGCAGAAGAAGCCCAAGCCCAGGCUGGCGACUAGUGCCAGUGACUACGUUAGCGGACAUGGCGGCAAGGCCGGUGCUACGCCGCACGAUAGAGUCAUGGCGAUUAUUGAGCAGGAAGAGGAGCGGGAGGCCAAAGCGAGGAAGGAGUUGGUGGAGAUCUCGAAGAAGGCAGAGGCUACUGGGUAUGGCGUGUGAUCUCCAAGCUAACUACUUGAUGCAAUUUAGCGACCUUCGCGGAGCUCUUUGACAUAUACCUGCCGUUUUUCUUCUUAGUAGCGUGCGUUGAAAGAUAGAUGGCGUCCGCGCUUGGGAAGAGUGCCGGAAAUCCCGAUCAUUUCUGGGGAGGUGCCGUGUAUGGCAGCGGAGACAGGCUACGGUGAAGCAAGGGGUAGCGGCGAGGUCAUACAUGUUGCUUAUCGCUGCUCAAACCUUCGAGAACGUCUCAAGAUGUGGUUCAGAUCCGCUCAGGGGCCGGCGCUAUUUCGAGAUGGACCCUGAACACGAACCCGGUUCCACCUCUCAGUCAAAGACCGCACAAGUCGUAGACUCAUGUAAGUAGUGUAACGCUGAAAUUCUUUCUCAGCUCGAAUACUGUUGCGAAUGACCGCC